AAACUAGCUUUAGAAGUAUCAUAAGUGAAUGAAUAAGAAUUAGUAAAUUUUGGAAAGCAUCAGUCAUUAAAGUAUUGUAGUUUUUGACAAGAUAUUAUACUUGCACCAAUUGACUUUUAAAAAAAUGCAAUAUUUGUGUUUUCAAAAAAAAAGUAUUGUAAUUUCUUAAGUUUUCUUUAGGUCCAUUUCUAGUAGAAGAUUUUGUGAACAAUUGGAUAGUUACAACGUGGCUUAUUUUUAAUGUUCCUUAUAUAUAGAAGGAAUGAUUUGAAAGUGUUUGAAGGUAGGCAUUUACUUAUAAGUUUGCAUUGUGUAACUUAGUUCUGCCUGUACUAUGAAACUAAGUACCUAAGUCUUGGGUAGCACAGGCUCCAGAUGAACAAUUCUCUAGUCAGGCACUUACUAGAAAUGAAAACCAACCGAAUGGUAUGCUUUUAACUCAGUACAUCAUUAGUUAUGCAAAACGGCAUCCAUACACAGGCAGCUAUGACUCUGGAGGUAGCAUGCAGUUUACAGAGGAGUCGAUACAGCCUGGACUUUUGCCAUGGCCACUCGCAUAGAUAAUGAGAUGUCAGGUAAAAUGACAAGCCACAGCCUCUUUCAGUUGAUGAUAAUACGUUAGUGGCCAGUAUGUUUCCAUUAUUGAAUUUGUUGGUAAAAUGAACUACUCUGGCAGUGAAAUGCUUGAAGAAAAACCACGUAGACUCAUGUUCUUUCUGUAUCAGUUCCAGCUUAUAUUAUUCUUGCUUCGACUUUCUACCUAACGUUUUUAUAGGUUGCUAAAUAGAAUCACAAUUUUUGUGAAACUGUUUUUCUUUCAAUCAGAAUAUUUUUUGCUUAUUUUAUGUCAAAAUCGCAUGUUGUAUUACCCAACAAUUUACUUUAUCAAAUUAAAUAAUCUAAAAAGUUACUUGCUGAGUUGAAAAUGAUGCACAAAGCCUUCUGCAAAAACUUUGUGAACUUAUCUACACAGGCUCACAGAGUGCAUUGGGCUUCUCUUUGAUGCACAUCUCGAUGCAGAGAUUGAGUGUGUGCUCACUGGUUCACAAGCAUGGGGGCGUGAUGAUGGGACAAUAGGGCCGGUAUUCCAAGUCACAAAAAUAAGGGUUCAGGUGUUGCAUAUGCUCCACCUGUACCCUAACAAUAUUCCAAGUGCACGAUAGGACUCGGUCUGUCCCUUAUUUUUAGGGCACGGAUAUUGGUGUCCUAUCCAUUGCCGAUCUGUUGCCCAAAUUCCAGGCAUGUGCAAAGCUCACUUUUUAAUUGUUUUCGUCCAGAUGGCGGACCCGCGUUUCCCGCUAUUAACUCGUAUGUAUUCAAAUUUGUCAGUAUCUGGGGACGUACCAAAUGUAUUGGUAUGCCAAAUGAAACUUAAUGGUGGUGAAAUUAUUCUGAAAUACAUUUUGUACAUGUUAAUGGUUAUAAAAAAAUAAUCGUAACAUAAAAAGUACUUGCGGGAAUCAGAUUAACACCAUUUAAUUUGUGUGGCGAUGCUGCUGUCUCCAGGAUUUUGGCCGUAGCAAAUGUGUUAAUAGUUGCCAAACCUCUGUGUAGGGCACUGUUUAUUAAAACAUUUGCUUUUCUGUUCCCAAACUGGGAUUCGGUUUUGUACAUGUUCUGGAAUACGACCUGGGAUUUGGGUUACGGUUAUAGCCAAACAAGGCAGUGCUUAUUCGCUACCUUACCCAAUAAUCCUGUAAUAUUGGCCUAAGAGCAUUGAAAAUAGUGCAGGUAUUUUCCUUUGCACAUCUUGAGAGUUCCUUAUGUGGUAAUAAAUUGUUCAUUGCAUGAAUUACAAGCUAAAUUGAGAAACAGAUAGUUAUAUCUAUGUGGUUAAUAUUCUCUGAAGCUUACAAUAUGUAUAAGUCAUGAACCAUGUGUACUUAGUGGCUGCAGUUGCAGUGGGAAGGGGAAACUAAGGUGCCGCUGUCUUCACACCCUCGUCUCCGCGAUCAAAGUGAAGGACCGCCAUAUCACUGCCACAGCCAUACUUUCACUGGAUGAGAAUGAACUGAGGAAAAGAUUGGCAUCAGUGAUUCAAAGCAAUGGUGUGAAGGAUCAGAAAAUUAAAAUGCUUGAAUCUCGAGCAAAUCAGUUGACACAGGACUACACAACAUUAAAAUCUCACAAUGAGAAAGAAAGGGCAGUGCAGAAUGCAUUGCAAGAGCGUAUCAAAGUUUUAGAGGCCCAGCUAGCUCAGAGGGCCAGCCUGGACGAUGCAACGGCCCUGAGACAUGGCUUGAUCCAGGUCCAGCAAGCCAUGGAUCAGAUGGCUCUGGAUCGGGAGCGCGAGCGCGACGAGUACAAAGAAAAGUUGCAGUGCCUGCAGGACACUGUGAAUCAAGAAGCUAACCAGAUAGCGCACGACAAGGAAAAACUCUCGAGGGUGGUUGAAGAAUACCGGCAGCUGCAACACAAACUGAAAGCUUUCCAAGAGAGAACUGUCAAUGCACAACAGCUGAUUAACACUAACCAGUUUUCUUCCUACGAGCAUGCUCUUCGCCGUGUUAACAUCCAACUGGAGUGGUUGAAAUCUGCAAGCAAGGAUGCACUUGUCAUCAAUUUCAGGGAGCUGAAAGAGCUAAAAGCACUGCUGGCAAGAGGGAACCAGGAGAUUACGUCUGCAGAAGAUGAUGACGAACUAGAGCCAGAUUUUACUGCGAGUUAUGAAGAAUCAGUGAUGACAGCACCUGAACAAGUUCCAGUCUUGCAGGAAGAUUCUGAGCCGGAUACAAUGCCACUUACAGAAGAACUGUCAGUUGAGAGUUCUAAAGAGCCUCAGAAAUUAAUUGAAGAAGGGGAGAGAUUAAUUGCUUUAGAAAAGGAAAAUAAUGCUCUGGAGUGUCGCAACAAGGAGUUGGAAAGAGAAAGGGCUCUUCAUAGUGAAGAUGCUCAGCGGAUGAAAGAGAAAAUCUCUGACGUGGAAGAGAAACUGAAGCAGUUGAGCUUCCAGCUGGCUCGUUCGUGUAGUGAAGAGGAAAUACUAAAAAAUAAUAUGGCAAAAUUGCAGCAGGAGAAAGAUGCUUUUCAAGUUCGCACCAAAGAAUUGGAGACAUUGUGUGCACAGCAGUGUGAAGAUGUUGCACUGUCGAACAGUAAAAUAUGUGAUUUGGAAGAGGAAUUGAAAAAGUUGAACUCUGAGUUGUCCCAUUCCAGUGAAGAGAAAUCUUUGUUAGAAAUUAAUUUGAAAAAUUUGCAGGAUGAAAAAAAACUUCUUGAAGAAGAUUUUAGAGCGUUGCAAGAAAAAUAUGUCUCUCAAGAAGAACAAAUUAGAUAUUUGGGUGUUCAAAGAACUUCUGUAGAAACAAGUCUUUUUGAGCUGCAGAAAUCGUUUACUGAUCUAGAAGUGGAAAAAGCCAAUCUAAAGAAGUCAUUAAGUGAAGAGAUUACAUUAUUAAAUGACCAAAAGUCUCAACUGAAACAUGAGCUGGAAGAAGUUUCAGGCAGGGAAAAGGAAGCAUUGGAAAGACUUGUAACUCAGGAGAAAGCUUAUAAAUUAAAACUUGAAACACUCACAAAAGAAAAGGAAGAGGUUGAAUCAAAUCAUAAAGAUUUAGAGCAGAAGUUAUUAUUGGAGGAAGAGCUGAAAAAUGAUAUGAAGAAAAAAAUUGAUGAAGUUAAAAACACUAUCACAAAUUUGGAAUGUCAGUUAGAGGAGCAGAAAAAAUCUCUUCGUCAAGAAGUGGAUGAAAAGGAGACAGCAUUGGAAGCAUUACAGGCAGCUUUAGAUGAAGUUGCUGGUGAUAAAUUAGCGUUGGAGGCUCAGAUAGAAACCCUGCAGACGGAGCAGAAGACCCUGCUGGAGAGGUGCUACGCGAGCACGGCAGAAGCAGAGCAGUUGCGACGGACGCACGUCGAGGCGUGUCGGUCGCAGGAAGAAGUGCAGGCGGCUCUGCAAGAGUUGGGACGGGAGAACCAAACACUUCAGAUGAAGAUGGACAAACUACUGGGGCGUAAAUGGGCUGAAGACUCGGAAGUUACGAACUGCCUGAAAUGUGAAAAAGAAUUUUCUUUGAUCGUCAGAAAGCAUCAUUGCCGUAAUUGCUUCAAAAUUUUUUGCAACGAGUGUUCUUCAAGAGUCACAGCAAUUGAAAUGAACAAGAAGCCUGUUCGAGUGUGUGAUCUGUGUUACAGUGAACUUGCGCACAAAUAGCAUGUGCAACUCUAAACUUGUUUGAUGUGGCCUUACUGCUGUCCAUUUAAAGUUUAUGAAUCUAGUCAUGUUUUAACUUCUUCGUUUUUUUUUUUUUUUUUUUUUUUUUUUGCCACGGCAGCUGUGUUUGCAUUUAUACAAGAGGGAAUCCAUUUGGAAAUUUAAGUGCCAACAUACCAUCGAUGCGGGUGACUUUGUACCACUUAAGGCAUGUUUACAUGUAUUUAUAGAACCUAAUUUAUUUAAAACUUAUUUAUUAAAUACGUGUAUGGAAGUAUUUUUAAUGUGCUUUCUUUAGCAAUAUAGAACUUAAUUUUCUGUGUAGUUUUAGAAAAUUAAAAAAUAGUAAUGUUGUGGUACAAAGUCACCUACAUGUGUUGGGUGACUUUGUACCGUGUUGGUAAUUGUCGCAUAAAUAGUGUUGUAUUGAGAACAGUUGUACAGCAGGUGAAUUUGUUCCACUUUAAAUAUUAACUCCACACACAAUAUUAAUGUUUUGGUUUAAUUUGACUUCAAUUAUAUUAACAAAU